GAAGGAGGCAGUCAGUGGCUCAAGCUUGGGGGAAGGUGGUUGUUGGAGAAGCAGAGCCAAGGCGAGGGGCUCCUGCUGUGCCAAGCGUGGGCAGUGCCAAGUCCCCAGGGAGCCCGGAGCUUGGGGGGGAGGGCCGGGAACAGCCUGGCCCUGCCCCCUCCCCCCUCCGGGAGGCGUCCAGCAAGUUGGGAAGAAAAAGUUUGGCUUCGGAUCUCUCUCGUGUGCUGAUGACCCAAAGGAUGGGCAGAAUCCCGUUAGUGUGGUGUUUGGCGUUGUCCUACUGGGGUUAUGCAGCCCCCGAGGGUGCACAGGCUGAAGCAGAGGACCCAUUUUUGCAAAGUCCAGAGAACAUCACUGGGGCCCGAGGAAUCACAGGGACCCUUCGGUGUGAGCUCCGCAUCCACGGCGAGCCCCCCGAAGUGGACUGGCUUCGGGAUGGACAGACCCUCCAGAUGGCAGACAGCACCCAGAUUCAGUUACCCCUGGGUGAAGAUUGGGAGGACGACUGGAAAGUGGUCAGCCAACUAAGAAUCUUCUCCCUGAAGCCUGCAGAUACAGGACGGUACCAAUGUUUGGUGACUCUUGGAGGACAGACUUUCAUGUCCCAGCCUGGCUACGUUGGGCUGGAAGGCCUGCCUUACUUCCUGAAGGAGCCUGAAGACAAAGUUGUGGCUGCCAAUGUCCCCUUCAACCUGAGCUGCCAGGCCCAGGGUCCCCCAGAACCUGUGAACCUUCUCUGGCUCCAAGAUGCUGUCCCUCUGACCCCCACCACAGGCCAUGAUCCCCAACACAGCUUGUAUGUGCCAGGUCUGAACAAGACAUCUUCCUUCUCCUGUGAAGCCCACAAUGCCAAAGGGAUCACCACAUCCCGCACGGCCACCAUCACAGUGCUUCCUCAGCGACCCCAAGACCUGCACGUGGUUUCCUGCCAACCCACAGAGAUGGAGGUGGCUUGGACUCCAGGCCUCAGUGGUGUCUACCCUCUCAUCCACUGCACCCUACAGGCUGUGCUGUCCGAUGAUGUGGUAGGUGACCAGCUGGGAGAACCAGAGCCUUCGGAGGAGCCCCUCACCUUGCAGGCAUCCGUGCCCCCCUACCAGCUUCGCCUGGGCAAGCUCCAUCCUCACACCCUUUACCACAUCCGGGUGUCUUGUGCCAGCAGCCAGGGGUCCUCUCCCUGGACCCAUUGGCACCCGGUGGAGACACCGGAAGGAGUGCCCCUGGGCCCCCCUGAGAAUGUUAGUGCCAUGCGGAAUGGGAGCCAGGCCCUCGUGCGUUGGCAGAAGCCCAAAGUGCCCUUGCAGGGUACCCUGUUAGGGUACCGGCUGGCAUACCGUGGCCAGGACACCCCUGAGGUGCUAAUGGACGUGGGGCUAAAGAGAGAAAUGACCCUUGAACUGCGGGGGGACGGACCUGUGACUAACCUGACCGUGUCCGUGGCAGCCUACACCUCUGCAGGGGAUGGGCCCUGGAGCCUCCCGGUGCCCCUGGAGCCCUGGCGCCCAGGGCAAGGACUGCCAAUCCAUCACUUGGUGAGUGAACCCCCAGCUCCUGCCUUCUCGUGGCCCUGGUGGUAUGUACUGCUGGGAGCCAUCGUGGCUGCUGUCUGUGUCCUCAUCCUGGCCCUGUUCCUCGUUCACCGGCGGAAGAAAGAGACCCGCUAUGGCGAGGUGUUUGAGCCCACAGUGGAGAGAGGAGAGCUGGUAGUCAGGUACCGUGUUCGCAAGUCCUACAGUCGGCGGACCAAUGAAGCCAUCUUUGCCAUUUGCACCAGGUCGGAGCUGGAGGAUUUUCUGAGUGAAGCUGUAUGCAUGAAAGAGUUUGACCACCCCAACGUCAUGAAGCUCAUCGGGGUCUGUUUCCAGGGCUCAGAACGAGAGGGCUUUCCAGAACCCGUGGUCAUCUUACCUUUUAUGAAGCAUGGAGAUUUGCACAGUUUCCUCCUUUAUUCCCGGCUUGGGGACCAGCCAGUGUUCUUGCCCACUCAAAUGUUGGUGAAGUUCAUGGCAGACAUCGCCAGUGGCAUGGAAUACCUGAGUACCAAAAGAUUCAUACACCGAGACCUGGCUGCCAGGAACUGUAUGCUGAACGAGAACAUGUCCGUGUGCGUGGCAGACUUUGGGCUCUCAAAGAAGAUCUACAAUGGAGAUUACUAUCGCCAGGGACGCAUUGCCAAAAUGCCAGUCAAAUGGAUCGCCAUCGAGAGUCUGGCAGACCGCGUCUACACCAGCAAGAGUGAUGUGUGGUCCUUUGGGGUCACAAUGUGGGAGAUCGCCACCCGAGGCCAAACCCCAUAUCCAGGAGUGGAGAACAGUGAGAUUUAUGACUACCUGCGCCAGGGGAACCGCCUGAAGCAGCCCGUGGACUGCCUGGAUGGCCUGUAUGCCUUGAUGUUCCGGUGCUGGGAAUUGAACCCCAGAGACCGACCAAGCUUUUCAGAACUGCGGGAAGACUUGGAGAACACACUGAAAGCCCUGCCCCCAGCCCAAGAGCCUGAGGAAAUCCUCUACGUCAACAUGGACGAGGGUGGGGGUCACCCAGAACCACUGGGAGCAGCUGGAGGAGCCGAACCCCCAGCCCAGCCUGACCCUAAGGAUUCUUGUAGCUGCCUCACGGCAGCUGAGAUCCAUCCUGCUGGACGCUAUGUCCUCUGCCCUUCGACAAGUCCUGGACCCUCUCUGUCUGCUGAUAGGAGGUCCCCGGCACCCCCAGGGCAGGAAGAUGGUGCCUGAAAACAACCCUCUACCAGGGAGACUCCCUCUCAGGACCCAAGCUAGGCACUGCCACUGGGGGGCACCUCCUCCUUGCCCCCCCCCACUUUCCCACUCUAGGUCUGGUCUCCUCCAUGCCGGAUAGAUUUGCUUCGCCUUUUCUGUGCCUUACCAUUCCCCUCCCUGCCAGGAAGGGGCUGGACUGCAAUCUCUCCAAGGGUUCUUUCCCAGGUCUCACAGUCUAGAAUAUUGUAGAUCCUGAGGCUUAAGGAGUCUAGAGUUGGUUCUUCUGAGGGCCUGAAAUUCUAAAGUCCCUGAUUCUCAAAAUGUUAAAGGUUCUAGAUAUGGAGAUUUUAAGGCCCACUGGUUCAAAGGUUCUCAGAUUUGGUGGCUCUAGAUUUUUCUAGUUGUCAAAUUCUUUAUAAAAGGCCCAAGAUUCCAAGUUCUAAAGUCCCUAGAUUCUUCUAGGACCUAAGGCUUUAUUGUUCUUGAUUCUUCUAAAGUUCUGAAUUCUGGGGUGCCUUAGGAAUCUAGGUUCUAUGAUCCUAAAGAUUUUAUCAUUGUAAACAUGGAGGUCCUAAGGCCAAUUAUUUAAAAUUUUUGACGUUAAGGCUCUGGGUUUAGAUUUUCUGGCUGAAAGACUCUAGAUCAUAAGGCUCCAAAACCUUAUCUUUUUUCUCAAGUUCUAAGCUUCUAAUGGUCAGUUAUAGUCUCUGAGGCUUUAUAACCAUAGAUUCUCUUCUAUGUGAUCCUGGGUCUAAGAAUCGAAGAUUCUAGUUGCUGUUCAGAAACUCUAAGAGAAGAAAGAUAGAUGGUUCUAAGAUAUAAUGUUCUAAGAUGUGACAUUCUAAAGCCUAGUCUAAGAAGCUAGCUUCCUUGGGUUUAAGAUUCUAGAUCAGAUGCUUAAAGGUUCUAGAUGAUUAUGCUGUUAAGAUUCUAAUGUUGGCCUGUUUUAUGUUUCCAGGCACUGCAUGGUCUAUAGUUACAAAAUUGUGGGUCCUAUACAUCUAAGAUGCUUACUUGUCACUAAUCAGACACCAGAGUUAAUCAUCUUUAAUAUUGGAGACCCUCAGGUCCUCUAAGCUGCAUUCCUCUUAUUUAAGACAAUACUCAAAGGUCCAAGAAUACACAUUUCUAUCAGCACUGUAGUUUAAGGUUUAUAUGUUCAGAUGUGGAUCUGUAGCUCAAAGUGGUAGAGUGCUAGCCUUGAGAGAAAAAAAUU